UUACUCUGUGGAAAAAAGACGAUUCUGGCUGAUUCAUUGUAGCCGGGUGGUUUGUUUCGGCUACGACCAGAAAAACAAACUCUUCUGAAUACCACACAGGUCUGACAGCAGUUAACACAUCUCAGUAUGGACCGGCUGCUUAGGCUCGGAGGUGGAAUGCCAGGUCUUGGCCAGGGCCCCCCAACAGAUGCACCUGCUGUGGACACAGCAGAGCAGGUGUACAUCUCCUCCCUUGCCCUACUCAAGAUGUUGAAACAUGGGCGUGCUGGUGUACCCAUGGAGGUCAUGGGAUUGAUGCUGGGAGAAUUUGUUGAUGACUACACAGUGCGAGUGAUUGAUGUGUUUGCCAUGCCGCAGUCAGGAACAGGUGUGAGUGUCGAAGCAGUGGAUCCUGUGUUUCAGGCCAAGAUGUUGGACAUGCUAAAGCAGACCGGCAGACCAGAGAUGGUGGUGGGAUGGUACCACAGUCACCCUGGGUUUGGUUGUUGGUUAUCUGGUGUGGACAUCAACACACAGCAGAGCUUUGAGGCUCUGUCAGAGCGAGCUGUCGCAGUGGUCGUUGAUCCAAUUCAGAGCGUCAAAGGGAAGGUUGUUAUUGAUGCCUUCAGAUUGAUCAAUGCCAACAUGAUGGUGUUGGGUCAUGAACCAAGACAAACCACAUCCAACCUGGGUCAUCUGAACAAGCCUUCAAUCCAGGCCCUGAUUCACGGACUCAACAGACACUACUACUCCAUCACCAUCAAUUACAGGAAAAAUGAGCUGGAGCAGAAGAUGCUGCUGAACUUGCAUAAGAAGAGCUGGAUGGAGGGUCUGACCCUGCAGGACUACAGCGAGCACUGCAAGCACAAUGAGACCAUCGUCAAAGAAAUGCUGGAGCUGGCUAAGAACUACAAUAAGGCCGUUGAAGAAGAGGACAAAAUGACCCCCGAGCAGCUGGCAAUCAAGAAUGUUGGAAAACAGGAUCCCAAGAGGCACUUGGAGGAGCACGUAGAUGUUUUAAUGACAUCCAACAUUGUUCAGUGCCUAGCUGCCAUGUUGGAUACAGUAGUUUUCCAGUGAUUGGGCUGUGUGUGUGUAUAACUGUUAAUAUUACAACCCUUGUUUUCUUUUAUAUAAAAUAAAUGUAUGUAUGACAGUAAUUCCUGUGCUUGUGUCUGGACUGACUUGUAGUGAACUGAACUUGUUAACAGUUUCUGAGGGAAGUUGAACCACAGCAAAUGCACCACAGGGAGAAAUCUAGUUUAAUUAACGCAGGGCACUUGGAAAAGCUUAAUCCAAUACAAUUUUACAAAUAUGAGAACAGUAACCUGUCAGAUGAUGCGACGCAAAAAGUGCCCACUUGUGAAUAAGCAAAAACAUACCCGACUAUUUAUUGGAAAGAACCAGAAAUGUCAGAUUAGGUUUUAUAGUUGAUAUAAUCUAAUCAGAUAUAAUCAGAGAGCAACACAAUUAUCAUAAAUCCAGUAACUCCAAAAACAUUAAUAACCUCCGGCCUCUUCAAAAAUCUCAGCAUUCAUUGAACUCUACUGUCAAAAAUCCACCAGUCUCAAUUAGUAUGGCACUUUUAAAU